AUGAUCCAAUUGGUAUGCGAUAUAUUAUCACAAGGUUAUCAAAACAAAUUUUAACACUACACUAUACAAUGAUUUUGAAACUUUCAGAAAAAUUCGUACAAUUUUUGUUGGUUAUAACAUUUCUUCUGAAUUCGUCAAUGUGUUCGAAUAAAAAUAACAACAAAAAACCAAAGAAGAAGAAACAUCAAAAAUCAACAUCAAGCUCAUUUUCACAAUCCACUUCGAAAGUAUCGAAGAAAAUGUCGAAAAGGACGAAAAAAUGGAAAAAACAUUCGAAGCCUAAACAUCCAGGAUAUGAGAAGCCGAUUGAGGCAACAGAAGAUACAAAUACUCAAUAUCAAAUCGAUAAUUUUUGUGAUGCGGAAGAUUUUUGA